UUGAUCACCAGUGUUGUCGUUCUCUUCUCCAUCCCCAAACCAUCACAGCUUGGAAACGUUCCUUCAUCGUCUUCUUCGCUGCUUUCGUUUUCGCUCCGCUCCACUAAAACUACUAACAACAAUAACAAACAAAGAUCCGCAAUAACAACAAUGAGUACUAGUAACAAGAAAUCUUGGAAAGUAUUUUGGGAUUUGCAGUGUCCCUUUUCCAAAAAGAAUUGGGAAAAACUGUCGGAAAUCAAGGACAAAUUCGGAUCCGACUAUGAGUUUAGUAUUCAUUUGACGUCGCUGCUCUUUCAUCCACAAGCAUUUACGGCCCAAUGUGCCGCCAGUUUGAUUGAAAACAACAAGGGCGCCGACGGCAAACACAAAUUCAUUACGGCAUGUAUGGAACAACAAGAAUCCUUUAUGAAUGCCGCCGUUGGCGAUGCCCGCAAGAGUGAAGUCGAUCUCAUUUUUGCCAAUAUUGCACAAGACUGUGGAUUCUUUGACGCGGAUGACGGCUUUACCAAAGACUUCUUUUUGGCCAAUUUACAUGACUGGGAAUUGGCCAUCAAACCGGCAUGGACCGAACACAAAGAAGCAUUGGCACUCGGAGUGGUUUCCACACCCAAACAAGUCAUUGAUGGCGUCUUGAUUGCCGAGAGUGAAAGCAGUUGGGGAGCACAAGAGUGGCAAGACAAACUCAAGUCCAUGUAGCUAGUAGGCUAGCUAUAUAGUAGAGCCAACUAUAUAUCCAUCUAUAAACAAUCAACAAAAACCAUAGCCACCACGCAACACCAUCGCAUUCUCGUAAGAGCAAACGUGACCGAACCUUUCUUUGGCAAUGAUUCGUCAUGCGAUUGAAUUCUUCAUUCAUUCGAUUCAAGCCACGCCGCAAGCAACAACACUGUCGGUCAGGAAACUCAUUGACUUUUAGUAUUCUUUUUAUUUUUAUUAACUAGACUCUGCUCUG